CACUUACAUUCCAUUCACCUGUCAGCGCGAGAAAACUUCAUUUGUGAGGGUUGGACUGCAAGUGAGGACGACAAAAUAACUUCUGUGAAUCAAAAUGAAGCCAAAAUCUGUAUGGGAAGAUGUAUCAAGAAUAUUUGAGAGUUUAGAAACAUCUAAUAUAACACAAAAUGACAGAGGAGCGAGGUAUCAGCGACAGAUUGACUCAGAUCACAGUGGCGCACCGGCUGCGAACGAAAACCAGUCCACGAAAGGAAACGACACAACAGAAAAAGACAAGUUUUCCAAAGAGGUUCAUUUCGCAUUUCUGCCAGAGAAGUACGAACCUCUGGUGGAGGACGAUGAAGUGAGAGAACAAAUGAAAGAGGAAAAGCGAUUAAAAAAGAAACAAAAGUACAAAAAGUACAGAAAGAAUGUGGGCAAGGCUCUGCGGUUCAGUUGGAAGUGUCUAUUGGCUGGGCUUCAGAGCUUCACCACAGGCUACGCUACACCCCUCUCGGCGGCAGCCAACAUCAUCCCAGAUCUGCAUACAGCACGGUCCCGCAGCUGACCGGACCACUCUCAACCACCUGCAUUCCUGUGUGGGACGACUCCUUUCACUGGACACUGAAACGGGGCCUCAUCCUGCACCAAAAUUGCAAACUGGCUGGUUGUGGAAGCAGAAAGUGUGAUUUGUCAGUCCAUUAUCACAGCUGCUAUAUAAAUUUACUAACAUUGCAGAAAUAAAAUAAUAAGAAGUACAAUACAUUCAUAAGCAAUUUUCUUAAUAUUUUCUUAAUUUUUUUUUUGUAAGUGUUCUA